AUGGUGGCACUGGGCAUGACUAUGAGAAUACAGGGUUGGCGAACUCUAAUGGCACUACCCCUGUUUUCGCGCAAUAUCAUUCGAAUCGGCAUUGAACGUCUUUCUGGCACUUUGUCAACCCGUGGGCUAAUUGCGGCAAAUAUACCCUCCACCGAAGAACAAAACCCCAACUUGAAAGGCCAAGCGGAAGAGAAGACAGCAGCAGGUGGUCGCCGUAGGGACAAGCUUGUGCCAGAUCUGGUCAUCGCGGACAUCAAGAGUUCAAAGCGAUCACUCGGAAGAAUCCAAAGUCGUGCAGAAAGAACAGAUUCACCGAUUCCCUUAUCACCAUCCUUUCCACUUCUCUUUCAUUUUCCUUCCCCUUUCCUACACCCAUCUCGCAUUACAUUUCCCUAUUGUAUUCUACGUCCUCACAUCCUUCUUACACCGCUCUCACGAUCCCCCUUAUCGCCCCUUUAUGAGCUCACCUCCUUGGAACCGGCUGGCUCGAUCUCACUAUCGAAGGCAAUUGCGGCUCCCUGA